AUGGGUUCCUUCUUCGAUUCAUUGUGCAAAUGUCUGUGGCCAUCAGGACCAUCGUAUGAUCUCUUACUCGACUCCGAGUCAGAGCAGCAAGGUCAGUACCUUCCCCAUGUCGGCCACGCAGUCUCUAAGAAGAGUUUACCUUCAGGCACUGCUCCUUCCUGCCAGUACCCAGUCGAUCCAUCUAUGGCUAGAUUCGGCAUUGAAGGUCGCUCUCCAACUUCCUGGCAAGUACUACUCUACUUCGCCUCCUAUUGCGAGCGUUUGAGGAAAGGGAAACCCCCACGUGAGCCGAACUCAGACUGGUGCGCUGAUCUUGACAUCAUCACAACAGACAUCGUUGGAUUGAUGCGGGAAGAACUGUACGUGUCUCAAGAUAAUGUCAAGGUGCAAGACAACCAUGUUAGAUGGAGAAAACACCCAAGAGAUCAGACGAAAUGGAUGUGGUACCGUCACUACACUCUCGUGCAUCCCAAAUGGUCAGGCCGACUGGUGUUGCAGACUGCGUCCUUUGAACUUGCCUCGAGAUUUCGACUGGAACAUCUUUCCGCGGAUGGAGUUUGCAAAGCCCAUGCUCAAGCUACGACCGGAUUUGAUAAUUCUGUCUACUGGUACGAGGUACGCAGCCCACAUGCUUCCAGAAUGAACUUCAUCCUCGAUGAUGAGCCCCUGCCAGGACUGUGGCCGUGGCCGAAGAAGGAGCAUGACGGUCAAGAAGAAGAUUGGGAGAAAUUUAUAUUCAACGACGACCGUCACGCGCCGCGGCUACAGCCGCCGCCCAGUCCCUGGGCCAGCCCCCCAGCCAGUCGCCCAAGACCAGGCUUCCCAGCCUCCCUCUCCCUCUUCCUCCCACCCCUCCACACCACAACCGUCUCCCCUCCCCCCUCCUCCGCCCAGGCCCCUGCGGAUCCCCCUACCGCCGCGGCGGCAACCACGGCGACCCAGACCAAUUCAAACCCAUUCUGGUCGCCGAUGGAUGCCGUCGCCGAGAUGGAGCAUCCGUCCCCGGGGGAAGGGUGGAGUCUCGAGAAGAUGGAGGUGGAGACAAGCAAACGGGAAUGGGGUGGAGGUGGAGGUGAUCUUGGGAAGCCUGGCCUCUGGGCACUGGUGGUCCUAGCUACCGUGGCUCAGAUUCCCAUGGGAAUCCUCGUGGAUAAGGGAAGAAGACGUCUGGCCUUCAUACUCAACAUCACCAGCACUGUCUUGUACUGGGGCUCUAUUACGAUAUUUGGCCUUGUACGAGUCUUCCCUCUGUGGUCCUUUUAUGUUUCACCUGUUUUUCUGCUUGCCGGUGGUGGCCCUUGGGUCACGAGCAGUCUUGUCUAUGCUACCGUAAACAAUACUGUGAGACCAGAACAGAGAACCACUGCCUUUUCGUUUCUGGAAGGACUUUCUGGGCUUUCUGGACUCGUGGCGCCUCUAAUCUACAAUGAAACUAUGAGUCCCGAACUCUGGGUUUCAUACAUGCUUGCUUUGGUUUUCUAUUCACUGGCUCUGGUACCAACACUGUACAUCACACAUGAUGAUGACCCAGGCAUGGGGAAUGAGGUAGGGGAAGACGAAAUACCGGAAGAAACGGAGCCACUGCUCAGUACUGGUAAUCAUUGCGCUCGCGAAGCCAUUCUUUCGAAUCGAAGUGGCGAGAGGAGCCUUGCUCCGAAACUCAACAUCUUCAUUAUAUGCUUUGCGUGUUUCUUUGGCUUCCAUCUUGCCAGGGGAUCUAUUAGCUACACCAUUGUUUGGGUUUGGUUAUCGUUUGGCCACAAUGCGAUUUACACCGAUAUAUUCACUUACAUCCGAGCCGUUGUGCUCUUUUUCCUUCUCCUUAUCGUCCUCCCUUUGGCCAGUUCGCGAUUGGACAAGACCUGGCGAGUCGCAAAGAGAGACCUUAUUCUUUCCUCAACUUGGAUAGCUCUCUGUGCAGUCGGGACUCUGAUAGUCUUGGUAGCGCCGAACCUGGCGGUCGCUAUCGUCGGGUUCAUCAUUGCCACUUUAGGCUACGCCAUGCCUAUCUCUCUUCGGUCGUUCAUUGCUUCUCAUUUUGAGGAGAAAUUCUCCGGACGUCUCUUUGCUGGUAUCGGUGUGGUGGAGAAUAUUGGUUGGCUUAUCGGUUUCCCUUUGAUGAAGGCAAAUUACUAUACCGAGGGUACACCCUUUGUCGUCUCACUGGUUACGUACGCGAAGAAUCAUAUGGUAUAUGCACUAGCUGGAGCUCCGCAGCUUCAAUUUGGAAUCAAACGAUAA